AAAAUGUUAUGAUUAAUCUAUUUGUGAAAGUUUACACCAAAAAGAAAAUUUUAAAAACAUAGUUAAAGCCUUUAAAAUAUAGUAAUUUAUCGCAUAUUAAAAACAAGAAGCUUACUAUAUCACAACCAAUAAUGGUAUCUGCACCACAAACUGCCAAAAAAUCAAAUCAUAUCGAAAAUAAAGAAUCAAUAUUGUUAACAAGAACGGAAAAUGAAUUGAUUGUUAAAUUAUUGGGUGAAAAGUGCCAGACCUUAGCAACAGCAAUAAUUCAGUUAUUUGUAACAUCUCCACCAGAUCAUUCAUCAUGGAUAAAACAUGAAUCAGGUGUAUUAUGUUUUGUUAAAGAUAAUGGUAAAAGAUCCUAUUUUUUUCGAAUAUAUUGUCCAAUUCGUAAGCGAUUGGUAUGGCAGCAAGAAUUGUACAAUAAUAUUGAAUAUAAAUCACCUGCAAAAUAUCUGCAUACAUUUGAAGCAGAGGAUGGGAUGGCUGCAUUUAAUUUUGCAAAUGAAGAUGAGGCCUCGUUUUAUCGACAAACUGUUUUAGAAAGAGUAGCAUCACGCCAAAGAAAAGAAAAACGCAUGCGCAAUUCAAUACAAAGUCAACGAGCCGCAACUGCGUCGAGUAUGCAACAAAGCCGAAGUCAUACAACAUUAGGACCAACAGGAACAUGGGGUGGCGUAUCAAAUGUUUCAAAUGGAUCAUCACUAUAUCCUCAUUCAAAUGGGGGACCAGUUGUGCCUCAACAUCAACGAAGCAAUAGUGCAGGUGGUCAAUUAAAAGUCGUCGAUAAAAUCAGUUUAAGUAAAAAACGUACACGAAAUUUAACGACAAGAGAUAUUAGUGCACCAAGUGAUUUUAAACAUGUCUCACAUGUGGGCUGGGAUGCCACCAAAGGAUUUGAGAUUGAUACAAAUGAUGAAAAUCUAAAAAAAUUCUUUGAUGAAGCUGGAGUGUCAGAAAAACAACUUGCAGACAAAGAUACAGCCAAGUUUAUUUAUGAAUUUCUUGAAUUGAAUGGCGGUAUCGAAGCGGUAAAGGAAGAUAUGCAAAAGAAUCAAGCACCACGAAGUGCUCAACCGCCACCAGUUCCCGCUCGUAUUUUACCUCAACAGCGAACUGCUCCACCUCCUCCAACAAGAGUGCCACGAGCUGUCCCAAGUAUACCAACGAAACCUCCACCUCCUAUUACUUCUUCAUCAGUGGCUGUUCCACCAAAUGUACCGCCCCCACCUCCUCCGUUACCUAGUGUAUCUGUUGCUACACCACCACCACCCCCUCCUCCACCACCACCGCCACCCGCACCAAUUGAAGAUUUGACUACUAGAUCAACCGCCUCAAUUCCAUCGUCUCAAACUGAUUCACGAUCAACUCAAUCAGAUUCUCGAUCAACUCAACCAGAUCAAAGAUCAGCAUUAUUAGAAAGUAUUAGAAGCGGACCAAAAUUGAAACAUGUUGAAGUUGAUAAAACGAAAUCCGCGCCUACAAAUUCUGGUGAUUCGCGAAAUGAUUUACUGAGUGAAAUUCGACAAGGUGUUGAAUUGAAGUCGGUAACUGUAAAUGCACAAAAACCAGCAUCUUCAAAUCCAGAAAAAGGAUUAGCUGGUGCAUUAGCACGAGCAUUAGCAGAACGAUCACGUGCUAUUCAUUCAGAUUCUGAUACUAGUGAUACAUCCAGCGAUGAAGAAGAAUGGGAGGAUUAAUUGAAAUUAUUUUGAGUUAGUCAUUUAUUAAUUGUAAUCUAGAAAUAUAAAUAAUUUUAUUUACUUCUAUUCAAAGGCGAAAUUUCGUUUAGCGGUUGGAUCAUACGAUAUAUCUUUACCAUAACUUCUUGCGAGCUCUUCACAAUUUCCGUAACUCUUAAAAAAGAAGUUAUUAGACUCAGCAUAAUUACGUUACACGGAAACCUAGUCUAUUAAAAAUUUAUGACGAAAUUUUCAAUUGCAAUUUAAAAUUUCAUUUCAAAAUGUAGUUGAAGAAAGUAAAAUCUCCAAGAUUCAAUCGCUUAAGAAACACCCCUUUUUUUGUUUGUGGGGUAGAAUAAUUAUUUUUUUUAUUAACAAUAUUAAAUAGAUGGUUAACAGAGAUAGUUUAUUUCCGUAUAAAAUUUCGGCCAGAUCCCAUUUAUUAAACCUCUAGAAUCCAAAUGGUGGUAAAAAUUGGUGCACGGAACUAAAUAUAAAAAAUUCCCUUCAUUGUUCAUGGCCAUAUCGCCCAUUGCCAGACUUUUAAAGUGUGGAAUGUAGUAAACUUCUAAUCUACCUCACUAUUUAACAAUUUUCAGUCAAUCCAAAAAAUAUAAGAACGAUUAAUCGC